AAACAAGUCGCAGCACUUGAUCCACUUAUCCUCUGACCCCAGUCUCAAGCUCAAACCUUUGACAUGAAUGUCAACCUUUCUGAGUGGAAUCGUCGGUUCAAGGCACGAGUCGAGAAGCUCAACAGCGCUCCUGCAUUCCAGAUGUUCGAGGUCGGCCCCAAAGGCACUCUCAUUGGCGGCGACGUCACACUGUCCAAAGGCGAGAAUGACGAGUUCGAAGCCACCGUAAUGGGAUUGAGGCCUGGCAUUUGGACCAUAAAGGAAACUGACGAGGGGGACGACGACUUCAAAGAGAUCCUUAUCCGCUGGGUCGCUCCGGGUCCUCUCGACUUUGACAACCUUCCGGUCAACCUACCUGAACCCAAUUUCAGCCCUUUAACCAAAUGGAAGAGGGUUGCAAGCUACAGUGUUGACUCCGGCGUUCAUGGGGUCUUUGACCAGGACUCCUUAGAGAACCUGAUUGCAAGUUGUGGAGGAAUUCAACACAGGGAAUUCAUCCUCGAAGUCAUUGCUGACUUCAGUCUGUUUGAUAACUAUACCUCCGUCCAGGUGGGCUUAGUCGCCGGAGGAGGGGAUGGCGGGUAUAAACUAAUGGCUCGCGAGUACGAAGGAGUCAAAGUUGAGAUCUUGCUUCAACGCAACUGGGCUGAUGACGAGGAUGAGAAGGAGGGGGAAGGUGAAGACGAAGAUGAGAACGAUGAAGAUGAUUGAUAGUUUUGAAGUUUUUGUAGUUCCUUCCUGCUUGCUGAUGAAUGUCUAGCACUUGUACCGGUAUUUUGGUUCAUAGCUGAAACUGCAUUAUAGCUCUGUUCAUGCGCUUGCGUUAUGUAUUUAGAUGUCUCGUGUAGCGGAUUAUUGUUUUGCGUGCCUUCUU